UGCUGGAUAGAUAUCCCAAGGUUCCGUGCGGUAUCGGCCCUUCCGCCUCGGCAGCCAUUGGAGUUUCCAGCUGCUGUCGCAGCCAUGGCUCUGCGCUACCCCAUGGCCGUGGGUCUCAACAAGGGCCACAAGGUGACAAAGAACGUGAGCAAACCGAGGCACAGCCGCCGCCGCGGGCGUCUCACCAAACACACGAAGUUCGUGCGGGACAUGAUCCGAGAGGUGUGUGGUUUUGCCCCAUAUGAGCGGCGGGCCAUGGAGCUGCUCAAGGUCUCCAAGGACAAACGGGCCCUCAAGUUCAUCAAGAAAAGAGUGGGGACACACAUCCGUGCUAAGAGGAAGCGGGAAGAGCUGAGCAACGUCCUGGCGGCCAUGAGGAAAGCAGCUGCCAAGAAGGACUGAAAGCCCCUUCUCUUGUGCACAAUAAAACCUUUAUAGGUAAACUGGA